GUCGAAUCAAGUAGAAAACCCUGAAAUGAGGGCUGGUUACCAUGAACGUAAUCUACUGAAAACACUAUUCGAUGACUUUCCAUAUCGUGAUUUAACCAGACCAUCCAACGAUCCAUCUGAACCUGUAUCGGUUCACAUGGGAAUCGCUCUCCAACAAAUCAUUGAUGUGGAUGAAAAGAAUCAGCAAAUGAUUUCUAAUCUUUGGAUGACAGUGAGAUGGGUGGAUCCAAGUUUAGCUUGGAAUAAAUCAGAAUACGGUGGACUAGAUAAGAUUCGUGUUAAUCCGGACAUGGUAUGGCGACCAGAUAUAUUGGUCUAUAACAGCGCCGACUCCAAGUUCGAUCCGACGUUCCACACAAAGGUCUCAGUGACAGACGAUGGUGCGUGUGAAUGGAUCCCACCGGGUAUCUUCAAGACUUCAUGUCCUAUCGAUGUCAGCUACUUCCCCUUCGAUAUCCAGGAAUGUGAAAUCAAGUUUGGAUCGUGGACCUAUGGUGGUUUCACUGUCUCUCUUAAUCUUCUAAAUGAUACGGGUAUGAACGAUACCAGUGAGUUCGUCAUGAAUGGAGAAUGGAACCUCAUUGGCAUGCCUGCGGAGAAGAAGAUCAAGAACUACACUUGCUGCCCAGAAACGUAUCCCUCCCUGCAUUUCUACAUCACCAUUCGUAGGAGGGCGCUAUACUACACACUCAAUAUUUUAGUGCCGUGUUUGGUCAUCUCAUCCCUUGCCUUGGUGGGAUUUACAUUACCUGUAGAAAGCGGAGAAAAAUUAUCUUUUGGUAUUACUAUUUUACUGUCAUUGACUGUGUUUAUGUUGCUUGUUGCUGAAGCAAUGCCUGCAACAUCCGUCUCCGUCCCACUAAUAGCCAAAUAUUUCGACUGUGUGCUAUUGAUGGUGGCCUUAUCGGUGGUGUUUACGGUAAUAACACUCAACAUACACUACCGACAUCCAAACUCUCAUGUCAUGGCGUCAUGGCAACGCAGCCUGCUUCUAGAAUGGUUACCAUGGUUACUGUAUAUGAAGCGACCCGGAAGGGAAUGGUCACCGUGUCAGCCAAAGCCAUCUCGAGAUGACAUGGGACCACCGGUCUUUAGUCACGUUGGCCCAAGUACAGAGAUACAACUAAUGGAUCGAUCACCGAAGCGAAAGGUCGGCACCAACGGCAUGGUCCCACAGGGCACAUAUUUAAAUGACGCAAAGACGAUAGGGAUCAAGUACGCUAAUUAUGCACACGAGGAAAGCGAACCGAUGAUGUUGGAUCAUAAAGCAUGCAAAGAGGGUGGUAACUCACGAGAGCAGCUAGAUAUGAUCAUCAGGGAGAUACGAUUCCUGACCGAACGCUACAAACUCAAAGACAUGGAAGACGAUGAGAUCCAUGACUGGAAGUUUGCUGCCAUGGUCAUCGACCGGUUCGCCAUGGUCUUCCUGACGAUAUUCUCGGUCGUCUCUACAGUCGUCAUCCUCUCCGAUCAUCCCUAGUCAGACGACUAGGUGAACGAUGUCGAGGAUGACUUGGUGAGAUUGGUUUACCAUUGCUGAUCAAAAGAUUUACGAUGAAAGGCAGGACCGUUUACCAAGUUGACUAGCGUGCGUCUUGAUCUCUGCUUGCCAUUGUCGAAGACUACUGCGGUUGAUCGUAUAAUUUUUGUCGUUUGAACUUUUGUCGUUCGGGGCUCAAUCGAUCAGGACUUUGAAAUGCUCACUUCAUCUGAGCGCAGUGGAAUCACUUGGGUAAAUUUUCUUCACGAAGGCUGAAAUAUUCAGCGCUGCACGUAUUCGACCCAUUUACAAAGACUUCCAUGUUGGCACAACCUAACUAGACAUUGUUGAAUCGGGUCUUAAUGAUAGUGGUCUUUGAACGAUGUCAUCAAGGACAUUGAAGCUACUGCUUUGUCAAGGACCGCCCUGAGAUAUGACGUGUCUUCCAGGCUUCCUGAUUGACGAAUAUUGACGCCUUGAAAGGAUGGAAAGAAUGGCUUCAUCGAUUGUUAUGUACCUGAUGAUCUUUUUUAUGGUUAAAGACCUCUAUAUUGCACGUAGUAUUGCCGAGGAUUUUUCCAUUGAUACCAACAUCGAACUAUACGGAAAGUCAUUCUGGUAGAAAAAUACUGUUGUGUAAUUUUUAAAUACAAAAUGCGAUGCAUUGUAGAGAAUGUAUAAAGAUUUGCAUUGGCUAGUGCUAGAUUAUCAAACCACAUUAUAUACCAUAGCAUCUCCACUAGUUUGAUGGCUUAUAAGAUGAAAAUAAUCAUGUCCGUAUUGUUCAUUGUCUCCUUUUCUACAUUCUUCCAAAAUGACGAACUUGAACAAAAUUGAUCUAGUAAAAUGUAGAAAAAGAGCUUAGAUGUUAUGUGCAUAUCAUCAUUUGGAUGCUGAGAAUUAUCUUUGUGCGUCAUGAAAUGUUUAUUGUUAUAUUAUACAAUAUUUCUGACUUCAGUCAUAAAUGAUUAUUUUUUAGGGUAAUUAUUCUUUAUUAUGCAUUGUCUUUUUUUACAACGGAAAGUUUGAAAUGAUAUAAUGAUUCUGGAUUGCAAAAAAUUAUUGCAUUUCCGUACGCUUGAAAUGAUUUUUACUGAGAAAAAAGUAAUCUUCGAAGUGUUGAUUUUCUAUUGAACUGAUUAAAUUGUUCUUUGUAUAAUAUAUUACUAAUAAUUUUCAUUGUUCUAGAUAUAGGCCUACAAUAACGAAAAGUGCAGAAAAAUCAUGGGAGUUACAAUUUUUUGACCAUGCGUCUUAUUUAUUUUUCUAUUUUAAAGUCCAAAUUUAUGUACUAAAUUGACAUUGCGUAAAUGUAGUUCUUUCUAAUGAAACACUGUAACAUUUUAUAUACAUGUAAACUUUUCAAAAUUGGGAGAUAAACUCAUAAAUUUCCAUUUCGCCGGAAGCGAUUAAUGGACAAAAUAGUCGGUGUUCGCUCAAGCAUGAAGAAAAACUUAAACUUGUUUUAAGUCAGUCUGACAUUUUUGUAAGAAAUUUUAUCAACACUAAUUUGGUGAUUUUGGAGGAUUUUUUUUUAGUGUUUCAUAAUUAUUUGAUACGUAGGCUACUGUAUGUUUGUGAUGGUCGUCAGAGCGAACAAAUUAAGUUAAUUGCAAAACGUCUCUACAAAUACUUCACUUAACAUUUUUAAUAUAACUUGACAAGUGAAAUCAAAUGUUCGAUAGUUUUGUUCAUUUUCAAUAUCUUACACUUGGCUAGGCAUUAUGCUGUAAUUUGUUGAAAUAGGACGAAAGCAGCAUUGUUUACGGUCUAUAGUUAGUGAUCAUUAUAAUCAUACUAUGUAGUUCAGUAUAUUAGUUGCCUAUAUUCAGCAAGAUGUGUCUAUCCUUGAUGAUUGAGCGUAAUUGUACUUCGUUAUCAUUCUACUUAUAACCGUUCUCUGUAUUCCAAAAAAAGAUGUGUUUCGCUGGUCGAAUAUUGACUUUGUAAAUGACAUAUUUUGAACGAUGACAAAUUAUGAAAUACAACCAUUGUGUCUAUAACAAAACGAAUAAUAUUGUACUUGUGGGAUUUAACAGAGAAAUUUCAGACAAAUAGAAAGAACUUUUACCUAUAUUUUCUAUUUUACCUGAAAUUAUGAUGUAUGCGUUCUUUAUUAUGUUGGCAGGGGUGCUCUUGAAAUGAAUGAGACAAUAUCGCAACACCUCAACCCAUCCACACAAAAUAAUCCUACCCCACCCCCACAAAAAAGUUGGCUUCUUUUUAACUCAAACGGUAUGUCAGUAUUUCCUGCGGUAGACUGUAGGACGCUCAGGUAUAUUUUUAUUGAAACACAAAUGCUACGUCAUUAAUCUGUGGUUGUUAUUUUCAUGCAGCAAAGAAGAUAUUUGGUUACAAAUAUUGGUAAAAUGAUUUUAUUUUGCGCAUAAAUGAUUCUCAUGAAUAAUAACAAAAAAAUAUGUGGAUUUUUAAAAAGGUUUUUGUAAAUGUAUUCGUUUAUAGUGUUUUUGCAAGUCGGAGACACGGAAGGUCCCCCCCCCGAAAUUGUAAUAACUAUGUUAAUGAAUCGUAUGUUUUUAAUUCAUUUUGGACGUAUUAUAAGACGAACUGAAUGUAAAAAAUAUCGACAUUUAAUGAUCAUCUUCUAGUAGUAAAAAUUAUAGAAUGUUCUUGUUUCAAAAUCGUGGAAUUUAUAGUACAAAAUAUGUCAGGUAAAAAAAAAGAGGUUCUUUUAGAAACUCAGUUUAGACCAUCUUAGAAAAAUAUUGUAGCAUCUCUCGUCACCGUUUCAAAAUAAUUGUUCACUUCUGAUUAUGUAAAUGUGUCAUGACCGUGUCUUAAAUAAAAAGAAUUAAAAGAAAUUUAAAGAUAGGAAAAUGAUAAAAAAGUUGUCAUGUUUCGUUUGUAGAACGAUAGAGAUACAGGUAUAUCACGGCGUUUAAGACUUAUAACAACCAAUAAUACGAAGUAAUGUUAGAUAUUCGCCCCACCCCCUCCCCCUCUUCUAUCUCUUCCCUUUUUUUCUCUAUCUCUUUCUCUCUCACAAUAAAAGCGCCACACCCCCUUUUAAAUAUAUUCAUCUCAGCUCUUAUAUUUCCCCAACAUCUUUACUCUCUAAAUUAAGGGCCCGGUACAGAAAUGGAGCAUCAAGAAAACGCAACUCCCAAACGUCAUUAAUUUUGACCUUGAACUCGAUAUAGUUUUGUAAAAUAAAAAACAACUUGAAAAUAUGAAUUUCACAUUGAUUCGGCAGGGUACAAUGGGUUUAAAAUUCGUUUGGUGGAAUGUUGAGUUUUGAACAGAUGUCUUAAUCUUUUAAUUACAUCGUUCUCCCUGAUAUACACAUACAUAGAAGUAUUAUGGCAUAAUUAUGCCUCCACAUGGUCCAAAUAACAAUGUGCAAAGUUCGUUGCUAAUCACACUGAAUCAACUUUUACUUUGGAAAUGCAUCUCUUUUAGCCACUGGUCCUUAAUUGCAAUAGUGAUACAUUCUCAUUAUCAUAAUGUAUAAACAAAAAUAUUCAGUUUACUUUUUUCAAACAUAAUCAAACUAAACAAAAAGAAAUAGAUUUUCACAGAAUUAAUGUUUUAUUGUUAACCAUGCAUGCAUGGGCAAUGAACUUUGUUACAACUGUCAAAUUAAG